AUGGCUUCGGUAAUUCCUAUUGAACCUAUUGAACCUGUGAUAAAAAAAAAGAAAACUCAACCGAGUCGUAAGGGAAAAAAGGCUUGGAGAAAGAAUGUUGAUAUUACUGAAAUAGAAAAAACGUUAGAAGGGAUAAGAGACGAAGAGAGAAUUACUGGAGGUAGAAUUCGUGAUUUACCGGACGAAAAAAUUUUUACAAUUGAUACAUUGGGUGAUGUUGAAGAAAAUAAUAGUAAAAUUCCCGCAAUAUUUUCAAAACCAAAAAAACAAAAUGAUCAUAAAAAACAUUAUGUAUCAAAGUAUAAUAAAUUUAAAUCAGAAGAAUCAGAAGAAGAAGAAUCGAAAGAAUCAAAAGAAUCAAAAGAGUUGGUAAAAAAAAAAAAAAGUGAUCAUGUUAAAUUAACUACUGAAAAUUCUGUACCUACUAAAGUUUUAUUAAAAACUGGUGAAUAUGAUGUAUGGAAUGAAGAAGAAUCCGAUGAACUACUUCGAGAUGAUGACAAUGAUUUCUUGCCUCCAAUGAAGAAACGGAAAAUUAAGCCACCUCCAACUAUGAACGUGAAACCAUUUGAUACUAUUCCAGCUGUACAUUUUCCGCAUCCAGGAACUAGUUAUAAUCCAAAAUUUGAGGAUCAUCAGUCUCUACUUAAAAUUGCUCACGAAGAAGAAGUAGUCAAAUUACAGAAAAAAGAAAAAUUGCAAUCUCAGCUUCCUGUGUUAUCUGAAAUGCCAACUUCAGUAAUGAAUCCAGAGGAUAUGGUGGUUAAAGAUAUUGAUGAAGAAAAAUCUUCGGAGGAUGAAGUUGAGGAAAAUGAAAGAAAUGAAGUGAUUGAAAAACAAGUUAAUAAUCAGCAUAAAAAAACAAGGACAGAACGAAAUAAAGAAAAAAGGAAAUUUGCUAGAUUAAAAGAAGAACAAGGAAGAAAAGCUAAAAAAGAAUUUAGGAGAGAAUUGGAAAAGCUCCCAGAGAUAAUUCAAAGCUUCAAUCAAGAAUUUACAGAACGUGAGAAACAGCAAGCUGAAAAAGCCAAGGCAGCUGAGGAAAAAGCAAACUUACCGUUGAAGAAGAUUGGAAAAUAUUCAGUUAAAAAAUUGCCAAUUGAUGUACAACUUCAGGAAGAACUGUCUGAAUCAUUAAGAACAUUAAAGCCGGAAGGAAACCUAUUUCGUGAUAGGAUGGUUAGUUUAGAAGAACGUAAUAUAAUAGAACCUCGAGUUAAAGUGAAAAAGAGGAAACGAAAAUUUAAACUUAGAGAAUUUGAGAAAAGUUCUUACAAGAACUUCAAUAAGUAA